AUGCAACACCAAAGUUCUUCACCAGAACGCAAGGCCCCAGAAGAUGGACGAUAUCAGCAUGUCUCUACCCCCUUCCUCCCCGGCAAUGAUGAGUUCCCGGAAGAUCCAGCCAAGAAGCGCCCCCGCGUCACAUUCAAUCAGACCAUCCAAACCCGCGAGGUCUCUGCCAACGACGCCCCCAAGAAUACUCCGGACAAGGCCAUGGGUAUUAUUCAGGAGAAUGUGCGUCGGGCCAUCUACCGUCAUCGUGACCCUAACGCCACCUCAAGCGGGAGCGAGCUCUACGACCAGCUCAAGGAAGUCUUUACCGCCGACCCCAAGAAAGCUGAUAACUCCCUCUACUCCUACGAUGUCCCCGAUCCCACCACACUCAAAUACCAUCUCCGGGCCCUACACUCCCAAGUGGCUUUCCUAGACCGCAACUGCAGCAGUCUGGUCCACGCAGUCAUCGGCAGCGAAUGGUUGGGACGUGAUGAGGCUUAUGUCAAAGACUUCACCCGCUUCCUUGGUACCCUAGCUGCUGCCCAGGGUACUUACAUGGGGGCAAUCUUCAGGAUGCUGUCUACCAACCUUGCUGGAAUCCCACGAGGGUCAGCAAAUCUACCCGGAUACCCCCCUGUCCCGGCUUCUGAGUACUAUGCUCGUGCUCACAUGGCUGUGCGUCAUAUCAUUGGGAAAGUCCCCGCAGGAAGCGGCAGCCUGUCUCCUGUGCUUUCACAAAAUUUUCCCUACGAGACCGAGUCCGCCAAGUCCUAUGUUGCCUACACUCGCAACUUGAUCAAAAUCAUCAGCUACGCCCCAGAGUUGCAGUCAGAGAUUCUUGCUUUGAUCACCGAUAAGCUGGUUAAGAUCGAUGUUCAGAUUCAAGUUGAUCUUGAGGACUUCGAAGAUGAGUUUGGGGAAACCCUUCUAAAUCAGGCUCCACUUGAUGCAGAUGAAGAAGCCGACGAUGACUCUGACAUAAGCGACGAUGAGGACGACGAGGAACUGCGCGUACAAGGAAUCAAAGAGAACAUCCACAAGGUCGAUGGGAUGCUUGAUAUUCUCUUCGAGUUCUACUCGCACCCUUUCGAAACUGGCAGCCUCGUCGACAAGGAAAACACUUUGUUACUGCUCCUUAGUCAUUUCCGUGCCAUCAUCCUUCCUACCUAUCGUUCUCGCCACCCUCAGUUCCUUCUUUUCCACUUCUCCCAAUUUUCUCCUAAGUUGAUCGACUUGUUCGUCGAAGAGUGUAUGAAGAUCAUCCAAAGCAAGCUGCAGUCGAGCAUCAUGCGCCAAUCCGCAGCCGCAUACCUCGCAAGCUUUGUCGCUCGUGGAGCCCACAUUCCCGGCGAAACUGUCCGCAGUGUCUUCGACAUGCUGCUUGCAUGUCUUGACCGAUCCCGAGCGGACUAUGAGGCUAGCUGCCGCGGCCCAGACCUUCGUCGCUAUGGCCCUUUCUACGCCGUCUCUCAAGCUUUGUUGUACAUCUUCUGUUUCCGCUGGCGUGACCUGACAGUCGCAGCUAUCGAAGGUGACACUAUGGACCAAAUCGACGACCUCGCCCCCGAGCAGGUGUCAUUCCCCCCACACAUCAAGGAUUCCAUGCUCGGCGCGAUCAAGUCAAAGCUGAACCCGCUCAAGAUCUGCACUCCGGGUAUUGUCACCGAGUUUGCUCGCAUCUCACACCACUUCAACCUCCUCUACGCUUAUACCAUCAUCGAAACUAAUAAGCGCUUGCGCAUCUCUACCUUCCGUAGCCUUUCUUCCUUUGGCAACCCAAACUACGCCCAGGUUGAGCGUGAGGUUCGCGCUGGUGACCACCUGGGCUACCAGCUCGACGCCUACUUCCCCUUUGACCCAUACCAGCUUCCUCGCAGCCGACGCUGGCUGGAGGGUGACUAUGUGGAAUGGCGUGGCAUCCCAGGCCUUAACAACGACGACGAUGACGAUGAUGACAGUGGGGUUGAUGACGAGGAUGAUGACGAUGAAGAUGAUGACGAGGAGGCUACUGCCACGGACGAGGAGUAA